UAUGGUCAAUCUUCUAAAGAUGAACUAGUAAUCAACCUCUGGCAGCGGCAGGACACAGGACGACCUAAUAUCAGCCUUUAACGAAUGGCGUCACUAUUCAUGUGAACUUAUGUUUACAAACUUGUAAACCGCAAGUGACGGUAUCAUAAGACAAACAGAACGAUGUGCUUGCUGUUGUUGUUGGGUAUUUUGGCCUCAGGAUGGGCGGCCGAUAUCACCAUUACCCAAAGCUGGAAUGGCGGUUUUAAAGGAUAUGUCAAGCUCAAUCCCUCCCAGGCUCUCCAUGGUUGGAAGGUCCAUCUAGUCUUCGACAGGCCUGUAGAUAACAUUGAGGUCUGGAAUGCGGAGGUAGAGUCUCACACGGCGACGGAAUGGGUGGUGCACAACAUAAAUUCUAACGGCGACAUAAAUCCCGGAGCCGACUAUCUUCUCGAAUUCGUAGUACGCGCAGCCGGAGAACAACCGUCACACGGAACAUUCUUUAUUGAAGGUGACGGUAAUAGUGGAAGUGGUUCCGGAAGUGGCACCGGUAGCGGUAACGGAGUCGAUAGCACUCCAACGCAACCACCGAGCAGCGGCGGCGGAAAUAACACCGGAGGAUCGGCAAUGAAAUACAACUACGGCGAUGCGCUAGGUCUGUCCAUUCUUUUCUUUGACGCCCAGCGAUCCGGCCGCCUGCCUCAAAACAACCCGAUCCCAUGGCGCGGAGACAGCGCCGUCAACGACGGUGAUAAUGGCCAUGACCUCAGCGGCGGUUGGUAUGACGCUGGAGACCACGUGAAGUUCAACCUUCCUAUGUCCUUCUCCUCAUGGGUUCUCAACUAUGGAUUCCUAAAGUUUACGGACGCGUACAUUUCCGCUGGAAUAAAGGACAUGAUGUGCGACAUGGUGAAAUGGCCGCUUGACUACUUCAAGAAAUGCUGGAUCCCUGAAAAACAGACGCUGUAUGUGCAGGUAGGAGACGGCUACGCAGACCAUGGGUUCUGGGGACGCCCUGAGAACAUGCACAUGGCAAGACCUGCAUACAAGGUCAACACUGCCUGCCGUGGUUCCGACGUCGCCGGUAAUACUGUGUCAGCAAUGGCCUCCGGAUACUUGAUAUUCAAGGACAUUUGUGAAGACGCAGCAUUUGCCGACAGUCUUCUCGAAGCGGCAAAGAGUUUGUAUACGUUUGCGAAGAACAACCGAGGCAAGUACACCGACUGUGUCACUCAGGCCAAGGAUUUCUACGGUUCUACGGGCGAUGCAGACGAACUCAGCGCUGCCGCCAUUUGGCUGCACAAAGCCACUGGAGACACUGGGUAUCUACAGGAUGCCAAGUCUUUCUACCCUGCCGGAACCGCAUGGGGAUUCAACUGGAACGACGCGGACGUCGGCGCAGCUCUUUUACUCCACGAAGUAACCAAGGAUGGCAAAUAUAGGAACGACAUCGAUAGUUUCUUACACAGCUACAUGCCUGGUGGGAGCGUUCCAAUGACACCGUGUGGUUUAUCCUUCAGAAACGAAUGGGGGCCUAAUAGACAUGCUGCCAAUGCCGCAUUUGUUGCCGCCGUAGCGGCUGCUGACGGACUGAGUCCAGACGAGUUCAAGAAGUACGCAAUGAGCCAGAUCAACUACAUCCUCGGCGACAACAAGCUCCACAUCAGCUACGAGAUCGGCUUCGGUAACCGCUACCCAAAAAAACCUCAUCACAGAGGAAGCUCCUGUCCAACAAACACCAACAACUGCGACGGAAACAGUGGCGCGGACAAUCCAAACGUUCUGAAAGGAGGUCUUGUCGGCGGCCCUGACCAGGGAGACAACUACGAUGACAGACGAGAUGACUACGUCAAGAACGAGGUCGCCUGUGAUUACAACGCUGGUUUUCAGGGCGCACUUGCUGGAUUGUACCAUUUCUCAGUAAACAACGCACUGCCUCCAGCACCUAGCGCAAAAUGUUAGAUAUGUAUGGAGUGAAACCAUGUGAAUAAAACUUAGUAUGUGAUAGAAAA